UUUUCUGAAAUAAUAUAAACUUCAAAAGGUCACUUAGGAAAAUGGAGAAAAAGAGAGCUAUUUUGAUGUCACUGAUCCUAAUCGUAUUGAUUUUAAAUUUUACCCUCAAUAUGGUGGCUGCAGAGAGCUACUGCCAUGCACAACGUCGAGUGUUAGUGAACGCGUGCAAGAGGCUGAUCUUGAGGCAGUCUCCAACAGCUGAAUGUUGUCUUAGAAUAAGGAGGACUCCUAUGUGGUGCGUUUGCUCUAUUAUAACCCCGCAGCUUGCGGCUCUCGUCAAUGCCAAUGAUGUAAGCUACGCUGUUGGGGUCAUUCGUCAAUGCGGUCGACCAGUAGCCCGCGGUACCAAAUGUGGAAGUCUUACGGCUCCAUGAGUCGUUCUUGAUGAUGAAUAAGGAAUCGAUGUGUCUGAAACUAUAGCCUAUGGGUACUAUUUAUGUAACAUUUGAGCGUGGUCGUAUGCCAUUUAUGAUCUCGUUGAAUGCUUGUAAAUUAUAUUCAUGGCCAAUAAACAAGUUAAAAACCUUA